GCAAAUUUCUAGAGAGAGAAAAUAAAGUAAAACUGAAUUUUAGUGAGAGAGAGAGAGUGGUGGAUUUCUAGAGAGAGAGAGAGUGGUGGAUUUCUAGAGAGAGAAAGGGAUGGCGAUGGUUCAGAUCGCCAGGAGGAAGAAGGGACGGCCGUCGAAGGCGGAUCUGGCCCGCCGCUCCGGCGAGUCUUCGACAGUCACAGCACAGCCAGAUCUCCGGCGAAGCCUCCGUCGCCGGAACGUGAGGUACAACAUCAUCCAAUACGACGAUGAUUACCUCAACGACGACGAGGACGAGAGGAGGCGCGAGAAGAAGAAGCUCAAGCUGAUGGUGAAGCUGAACCAUGGCGAAGAAGAAGAAGAAGAACAAGAAGAAGGCGAUUCGGCACCGAAUUGCACUCGCGCAGAAGAAAAUGACGACGACGAUGAAAUUGAAGUUGGGGAAGAGAACGAGGAUGGAGAAGAAGAGCACAGAGAAGACGAAGACGAUGUGGUAAAGGGCAGAAAAGUUGAUUCGAAAGAGCUCCAAUCUGUUUCUGUUUGUGUUUCUGUUUCAGGAUUUCCAGCGAAUCCCCCAUCUGGGAUUCCGUUGCCUGAUAAGAGGACCCUGGAAAUUAUCCUUGACAAGCUUCAGAAGAAGGACACGUAUGGUGUGUUUUCAGAGCCAGUUGAUCCGGAAGAGCUUCCUGAUUAUCACGAUGUGAUUGAGCAUCCCAUGGACUUUGCCACCGUGAGGAAGAAGUUGGCAAAUGGAUCUUAUCCUACCUUAGAACAAUUUGAGAGUGAUAUAUUUUUAAUUUGUUCAAAUGCAAUGCAAUACAAUGCACCGGAGACUAUAUACCACAAACAGGCACGAUCAAUACAAGAACUUGGGCGGAAAAAGUUUGAAAAGUUAAGAAUUGACUUUGAACACUCUCAGAUAGAGCUGAAAUGUGAACAAAAAACACGGUCUAAUUCUUUGGUUAAGAAGCAAGCAAAGAAGCCACUGGGUCGUCCCUCACAGGAACCUGUUGGCUCUGAUUUCUUCUCAGGGGAAACUCUUGCUACUAUUGGAGAUGUACAGCCUUCCCAUCAAAUGCAAGGUGGUACCUGUGAGAGGCCUGGCUAUAUUGAUGGCAUUGUGAAGGGGAAUGCUUUCUUGGUUGAUGCCAAUCAAGAGAAAGCUGAAGAUAUUUUGUCAGGGAAGGGUCUGCUCUCUAAGUUGGGAAGGAAGUCAUUUGUGCUUGAUGAGAAUCAUCGUGCAUCAUAUAAUACGUCUAAUCAACCAUUUACUAGAUCAGAUUUAAUAUUUAUGACCUUUGAGAGUGAAAUUAAGCAGCUGGUUACUGUUGGACUUCGGGCAGAAUAUUCUUACGCUAGGAGUUUGGCUCGUUUUAGUGCAUCUCUAGGACCUAUUGCUUGGAAAAUUGCUUCCAACAUGAUUCAGCAGGCACUGCCAGCUGGCUGUAAAUUUGGCCGUGGUUGGGUUGGAGAGUAUGAAUCGCUUCCAGCACCAGUAUUAAUGCUCAAUGAUCUUGUCCAAAAAGAAACUAGUUUAGCUACAAAUUUGCAUUGUACUACUGAAUUACUGAAGGGUGACAAAAUUUUUGAGAAUGUGAAACCCACCAUUGAACUUCCCGUUAAUGGACGGAGGCUUGAGGGAAAACAUCCUUUGUAUUGUCCUGCAAGUGGGCCUGCAUCCGAAAGAAAACCUCCUUUGUUUGGUUCUGCUGGAGCAAGUCCCAAUGGUCCUGUCAACUUCCAAAAUCAGAAGCAGAAAGUCCAAUCCAGGAAAUCUGGCAAGUCUCAGAAUAAGGAUUGGAAACAAGGGGAGUUGAAUUCCUUACCCUCAAGUAAUCAGAAUAAUUCCAAUCUGGUUGCAGAGUUCACAAGUAAUGCUCCUAGAGCAGUGUCUAAGCCGAGAGAGAUGGUGCCAAAGAACAUGAAUGCUUUGCCAUCUACAUCUUUCAAGCAGCCAGAUACUAAUGGAGAUGUUAGUGGAGAGUUGCCCAGUGGAAAAGUCACGGAUACAAGUUUGAAUAGACGGGUGACUGGUCCAUCAUCUGAAAGUACAUCAAACGAAACAGGCAGAGCAGCUCCUUUUGUUGUCCAUGGGCUGGAGCAGGGUCUCCAUCACCCAGUUCAGUUGAUGAGAAUGUUCACUGAAAAGGCUCAAAAGCAACAUAAUUCUAAUCAUUCCACAGUUGAUAUUCCACCAGUGACACUGUCAGGUCCAUCUGGACAGAGGGAUGACUCGGGUAAUGCUUCAGCAGCAGCUACCCGUGCAUGGAUGUCUGUAGAGGCAGGAGGGUUUAAACAAGGAUCUGACAAUUCUAGUUCACCCAAAAAUCAAAUUUCUGCAGAUUCUAUGCACAACCCAACGAGAGAGUUCCAUCAGCAUAUUUCACAAAUUCGGGGGGAGUUCCCUUCUAGUGGAAUGUCUUUCCAAUCUGAUAAGAACAAUUUUCAAUUUCAUGCACUUGUACCUCAACCUAUUCACACAGGUGCUAUUUCACAGGUUCCUAACCGACCGAUGGUUUCCCCUCAAUUAGCAUCUGCUGACCAAUCUAGAUUUCAAAUGCAGUCCCCUUGGCGAGGUCUGAGUCCUCAUAGCCAACCAAGGCAGAAACAGGAAACCCUUCCGCCUGACUUGAAUAUUGGUUUUCAAUCUCCGGGGUCACCUGCAAAACAAUCUUCUGGUGUGCAGCAACCAGACCUGGCUUUGCAACUGUGACAUUGCAUUGCUAUCUUGGGGUGGAUGUUUCCACAGGAAUUGGACUGGUUGUGGAAUUUGCAGCUCUUGUCAUCGAAUGCUGAAUUUUGAUCCAAAAAGGCUUGCUUAAAUGGGAACGAGCCAGAAGUCUACCUGGAUUGGGAUUUGGCACAAAGUAGUCCUGGCUCCUGAGUCAAAACGAGUUUGCAAGAGCAGAAGACUUGGUGGAUUUGACAGAAAAUAACUUAACAUCUUCUCCGGAUAAGGACUACUGACAUAUUGCAGAACGUCUGUUUUAACCUAUAGUUGAAGCCAUAGAAAAGUCUGCGGGUCAUUUGAUUAUGAUCAGGAAAAAUAUAUUGUUGAUGUCUGUACAUUGUUUGCCAUUUGAUGAAGUUGGGUUGGCUAAAUAUUUAGUUCAGUUAAUGACUACUUAUGUAUCUGAAUUGGUAGUAGGGCAUCACUUCUUUAUUCUGCGAUUAUUUUGUACAUGAGGUUUACAUGUUACUAAUUAAA